GGUGUUUUACAAACCACAACUGUUUCAAAAUAUAUCACAACGAACAGCCCACGCAAAAACAAAGAACGUAUGCAUGUACACGUCCGCCUGUAUGUCUAAGAUGUACUAUCUGAACAAGCUUUCGCGUUUACAAAUGUUUCUUGGCUUCAAUUGAUUAAUUUUUACCCUCACGCUACCAAACGUCUUUACGUUUCUCAAAACGCAAAGUGAAACUAACACCACGGCUUACGCUGUACAUUUUUUGCAGAUUUUUGUUUCGAAAGAUUAAUCUAAAAAAGUGUAAUCCCCGAGCUGCAGUUAGCUAUCAUACGCAAGAUGCAUGUUUUACUGCCCGCUCGUCAUUUAUUGCCUAGCUUACUCUGUUACAAACCGCAUUACCGUCCAAUAUCAUCUCUGUCUAUUGCACCUGCUCUGGUUCGUUCGGAGGGCCACAGUGGGGGCCGCUGGGUACCAGCAACUUCUACCUUCCCGGUGCUCGACCCAAGCAGUGGGCGCGAGUUACUGUCGGUGUCUGACUUUGGGGUGCAAGAAACGCGGGAGGCUGUCCGGUCUGCUCAUACUGCUUUCCAGUCAUGGAGAGUAACUCUUGCCAAGGAAAGGAGUGUACUUCUUCGCAAAUGGAGCGAACUGAUGAUGCAGAACAAAGAAGAUCUUGCCAAAUUAAUUACAGCAGAGAAUGGUAAACCUCUAAAGGAAUCGCUGGGUGAGGUGGUGUACGCUGCAUCUUUUCUGGAAUGGUUUUCUGAAGAAGCACGGCGUGUGUAUGGAGAUUUUAUUCCAAGCCCAGCAAAAAACAAAAGGAUCCUUGCAGUAAAACAGCCUGUUGGUGUGGCUACAAUUAUUACACCUUGGAAUUUUCCCAGUGCAAUGAUCACAAGGAAGGUUGGGGCAGCCCUGGCAGCUGGCUGUACUGUCGUAGUAAAACCAGCUGAAGACACUCCUUUGUCAGCCCUUGCACUAGCAGAGCUUGCUGACCAAGCCGGAAUUCCAGGAGGAGUAUAUAAUGUCACCCCAUGCUCAAGGCAGAAAACACCUACUGUGGGUGAAGUGCUUUGUACCGAUCCCCUUGUGGCCAAAAUCUCCUUCACAGGUUCAACUGCUACAGGAAAGGUACUUUUGAAGCAUGCAGCUGAUACAGUAAAGAGAGUUUCAAUGGAACUCGGUGGACAUGCUCCAUUAAUUGUAUUUGACAGUGCCAAUCUAGAUCAAGCUGUCGCUGGUGCUGUUGCUUCUAAGUUUCGAAAUUCUGGACAGACAUGUGUCUGUUCCAAUCGUCUGCUGGUGCAGAAAGGAAUUCAUGAUGCCUUUGUUCAAAAACUUGCUGCAGCUAUGAACAAGGAGUUGUUUGUAGGAAGUGGGUUUGAUGAGAGAACUACUCAGGGUCCUCUCAUAAAUGAAAGGGCAGUAGAAAAGGUGGAGAAACAAAUUCAAGAUGCUGUAGCACGUGGAGCCCGUGUCGUCUGUGGUGGAAAGAGGCACAGUCUUGGAGGAACAUUCUUUCAGCCAACUCUGCUUUCUGAUGUCACAACUGAUAUGAUGUGCACACAAGAGGAAACGUUUGGCCCUGUAGCACCAGUUAUCAAGUUUGACUCAGAAGAGGAAGCAAUUGCAAUAGCAAAUUCUGUCAAUGUUGGUUUGGCAGGUUACUUCUUUUCCCAAGACCCUGCUCAGAUAUGGCGUGUAGCAGAACAGCUGGAAGUUGGAAUGGUUGGUGUAAAUGAAGGGAUUGUGUCCUCUGCAGAAGCUCCAUUUGGUGGUGUAAAACAGUCAGGGAUAGGAAGGGAAGGCUCCAAAUAUGGAAUUGAUGAGUACUUAGAAAUUAAAUACAUUUGUUAUGGAGGUCUGUGAGGUCAGACAUUACCAGGUAAACCUAGGACAGCCAUGGCAAUCUACUUGUUGAGUUGCCAGUUUGCCAGCUGUCCCUCUGUGACAUAAACACACAUCAGGAUUGCAUAAAUUGGUAAUCAAGAGACUGUCAGUCAUAAAUAAUAUAAACUAGUGAUAUUUGUAUUUUUUACUGAUGCAUAUUCCUACACCUUACCUCAUUGUCUGCCUUUUUCCCAGCAUAACAUCAAUCAAGCACUGUCGUCUUUUUUUGUUAUGUGAACUUAGUGUCUAGUUCUCUGAUGAAUUUGGUUGAGUAACUGUCAUAUCAAGAAAAUGUUUGUCUAAAGGAUAUUGACCUAGUAGGACAGUUUCUCAGCUAUGUCUCACAGGUGGAACACCCUACAUUGAAAAUUAAAACACUAUGAUAUAGUAAGUAGCUGUUCCUCCUCUAAUGAAGUAUGGGGGUUUGAUUACCCAGUAUGCUUUGCUUGUGAUGUAAAUUAUUAGCAGCAUCCAGGUUGAUGUCAUUUUGUAGGUGUAGUCAUAAGAAAAAAAACCUGAGCCAACAGUGAGACUAAAAUAGACAAAAAAAAAAUCUUCAUUUUGUUUUUAAAUCUCUUGCAGCAUCAGAUGUAUAACCAGAAAUGAAAUUAACUAUAAAAUGCAGAUGUAUGAGGAGUAACAGUAUGCUUUGUGCUCUUAAGAUAGAAAAAGACCUCUUAUAAGCAUUAAGUAAUUUAUCUCUUGCUAUAUAAUCCAUUAAUGUGAGUAUUCCCCUAAAAAGAAAAGAAAAAAGUGCAGGGGGAAGGUGUAUAGCUACCUGCUGGCCCAGCAAACAGUAGUUUUCCUUCUUCAGUGAACUUUUAGCUAACGCCACUUUUCUGACGUAGCUAUAGGGAUCAGUACUGCACCAUAGCCACUGUCUCUCUCUCUGUCUCUCUCUUCUCAGGCUUGCAGCAUGGAAGAUGUAAAACUAAUCCUACGGCAACAUGUCUUUGCUGUUGAAGGGGUUCAUAUAAAGGAGGGGAAACAAAACUGUUACUAGAAGCUCCCACCUAUUCAACGUACAAAGCAUUCUGUGAGCAUUGCUUCAUUAAAGAGAUCUUGCUGAGUAUUUGCCUAGUACUGUCCCUCCUGGAAUACUUUCCCACCUGUUUGGGGAAGGUCUUUCCAAAUAUUCCAUCAAAGUGCAUACAUCAUUGAUAGCAGGCAGUAUCUCACAGAAUCCACCCAUUUCUUUACUGGUGGCUCUUCACAUUUCUGACGUACCCUCUUGUGAUCUUAAUUUUAUCCUAGAGAAUACUACUCUUCAUUCUUUUAGACCAGUAUGGCAGCUUAUGUGAAAUUCAUCUUUUAGAUGACACUGGUUUUGGUGCCAGUUAUUUCUACUAGAAUGGUCUGAAAACUUCAGGCCCUUAUGUGUAGGGAGCCCCCAUGUACUACUCCAUAAGGAGAAAGUCUCCCUCAGGACUAACCUUCCUUCAUGUCUUUAAUUGUCUGAGAGAUGGCUCUUAACCAGACCAUUCAUCCAACUAUUUUUCUAUUUUGCAGAACAAAAACAAAGGAAUUUUGCACACCCUGAAUGUCUUUAGGUAGCUUUGGUACUGCAAACAAAUGUCAAAAUAAAUAGAAAAAGGUUUGCUUCAUUCAGGUAAGGAAAUUAGAAAUCUGAAACGAUCACAUUUUUGUUGUUAAGAGAUCAAACAAAUUAAUGCAGUAGACCGUGAGAACAGUCGUCAAAGAAAAGAAAAAGAGUGAGAUGAAAAUAAAGAUUAGCAUCUGAAAGUAUUGCUUCAACUAGUAUAGUGAAGCUUUUGAAGAAGAUGUGGCACUGCUGAGCAGUUUUAAGUGAAAUGCACCUUCCAGAUUGUAGGGUUGUUUUAUAUCACAAAUGGAAGUAGUGUUAAGCAUACAUGAAACUGCAUACCUUGUUGGGGAAGGUCACUUUACUGCACUUCAUUGUGUGACCAUAAUGAGACCCUUAAUCUUUUAACAGCUGUAAAUGCCAUGACAGGUAAUGCUAGGUGUCUCAUCAGAGACGGACCUCCAACUGAUAGUGCUGUGUAGAUAUACACAGACAAAAUGACCGCAUGGAUUCCUAGUUUUGUAUUUUCUUUAUAUUAAGCCUUAUACCCACAUAUUUUUACCUUUCUGUUCUUUAAUAAAGAAUUAUUUCCAUGUUUUGAUGUAUUUCGCAGUUUGCAUUGCUAAUAACAACUUUGUGUAACCUGCAAAUGUCUAACCGGUACUUUAGCAUUUCUUUACAAACAUUUUGCAAGUUUCACAAUUCUCUGCAAACGUUUUAUUUGUCAUGCACUUAGUUUAUUAAGGUGUCAUUGACUUUAUAGUCAUCUCCUUAAUGAUAAGUUAUUAAACUACAAAUAAAGAAGUGUGAAUGAUGAUUUGUGUAUGAUGAUUUGUGUAUGACACUGUGAAAUCUGAAAAUAGUUGUAUUGGAGGAAGUUUGUUUCAGGAAACCUGUUCUCGAAAGGUUGCAAGAACCACAUACAUGGAGUCAUGCUAUGGGUGAGUACACAAGGGGGCAAGUAAUGCAUUGUUGUAGCCAGGGGAAGUUUCAUCACCAUCACAGUGAAUGGUGAGAUGACAACCCACAGGCAGGGUGCAGAGAGAUGGGUAUUUUUUUUCCCAUUAAUGUGACAUGAUAUUUUAGGGAGCUGAUAGAGGCUUAGUGAAUUUGUGUUAAUAAAAUGUGAAUAUAAAUGGAUUCUGAUAUCAGUGUUUUUUUGUUUUUGUUUUUUUUUUUUCUUUUGUACUGUAGAAGUCUGUCUGUCUAGAUAUUUUUGCCUUAAGUUAUUCUUCAGGUCAUAAAUCCAUUUGGCUGUUGAAAAUAUGUGACCUUGAUUUCUAAACCUCUUGACAUUUUUAGAUUUAGUCUUUUCAGCUGGAAAAUAGAAAAUACUAGGCUGUUCAUUUUCUUCUACAAGUACAAGUGCAAAAUACCGUAAAACAUACUAAAUCUUCAUUGGGCUGUCACAAAUUUAAAAUAUGUGUCUUCUGUGGAGUAGCAUUACAGUCAGUGUUUUAUUUAAUGCAGUGUUUUAACUAUGUUUUGUUGUAUGCAGUAGAGAACAGUACUGUACAUUAUCUGCUAAUACCCCAAGUUGUUUGUGCUCUGAACUACAUUCACUUUGUUUAACAAAAUUGAUUGUCAUCCAUUAAGUUUCAUUUAUUGAAUGUAACAUAUCUGCUGCAAGGCUAGUUCUUCAUAGUCUGACAGUUCCAGCUGACUUGUUUUUCUGUGUACAAAUCCUGGAUUGAUUGAGCUGCAGAUACUGUCUAUCUCAAUGAGCAGAGAUAUCUUCAUUGUCAUGAAGUUGAUUACUUACAGUAAGACUAGUCCAUAUUGUGAAAUGUGCCAUAUUCAAUGUGAACAUAAUUUGUACUAUUGCACUACUUUCAUUUGUUAUAUGUAUUAUGUAAAUCUGAAAUGAUAAACUAAUAAAGUGCACUUGGAACUUUUUCUGUUA